UGCCGACAUAUAUCUCACAUAGAGGUGAAGACUGAAGACAAUAUAUCAAAACAAAAUUUUCUACACCAAUUUAGCAAUUUAGGUGUGUGUGUGUAAAAUAACUAAAGUAUGGCGGGAAAGCUCAUGCGCGCGGUUCAGUACUUCAGUUACGGCGGCGGAACUGCUGCUUUGAAGCAAGUUGAAGUCCCAGUUCCUAGUGCAAGUAAGGGUGAAGUCCUGGUGAAGGUGGAAGCCACAACCUUAAAUCCUAUUGAUUGGAAACUUCAGAAAGGCGCGCUUCGUCCCUUUAUGCCUAAGAAGUUUCCUUACAUUCCUGCUAUUGAAGUAGCUGGAGGAGUUGUGGAGGUCGGCCCCGGAGUAGAAAACUUCAAACCUGGUGAUAAAGUCAUUGCUGCCUUGGAUGUCGGUACAGGAGGUGGUUUAGCAGAAUAUUGUGUGGCUAAAGCAGAUGUAACAGUUAUUAGGCCUGCUGAAGUAUCGGCUGCUGAAGGAGCAUGCCUCCCUGGCGCCGGCUUGACUGCUCACGGGGCCCUCACAUCAGCGGGGCUCAAGUUCGAUGGCAGUGGCCCCCAGAAGAACAUCCUCGUCACUGCAGCCUCCGGUGGCGUCGGCCACUUGGCUGUCCAGCUGGCGAAACUGGGGAACACGCACGUCACCGCCACAUGUGGAGCCCGCAACCUCGACCUUGUGAGGAGCCUCGGAGCGGACGAGGUGCUCGACUACAAGACCCCAGAGGGUGCAGCCCUCAAGAGCCCGUCGGGCAAGAAGUACGACGCGGUGAUCCAAUGCGCGCCUCCCGUCCCGUGGUCGGUGUUCGAGCCGAACCUGAGCCCGACUGGGAAGGUGAUCGAGCUCUCGCCUGGAGCGAGCACCAUGUGGACCUUCGCCGUGCAGAAGCUCACGAUGUCGAAGAAAAAACUGGUGCCAUACUUCAAUUCCGUCAAGGCGGAGAACCUGGUGUUCCUCGCGGAGUUGGUGAAGCAGGGGAAGCUGAAGGUGGUGACCGACUGCAAGCACCCAUUGAGCGACGCCGGAGCUGCUUGGGCAAAGUGCAUUGACGGUCACGCUACCGGAAAGAUCGUCGUCGAGCCGUAGAUAGAGGCGAUCCUCAGUGUUGUGGCAAAGGUGAUAAGAAAACGAUCUCUUGUUUGAAAAAUGUCUUAUUUUGUUA